CUCUAGAUCAGUCUCUGCUUCAUCGAUUGCAACAACAUCAUUGGCGCCAUCACCAGCUACUGCAACAAUCUCUUCAAACGUUGUUCCAAAAUGUUGUCAAAAUCGCAAUCUCUGAUCGUAGAAUCGUACGAUCCUGCGAUUUAGCUCGUGGAAUCGUACGAUCCUUGCGAUUCUGCAUCAAGCAUUCAAAGCGCGAUUUCAAUUGGUAAAUGGAAAGGCCCAUUUUUAGAGCCCAAAUCGAAAUCCCAUUAUAUUACUCACUUUCGCUCAUUUGUAACCUAAAUUUCAUCCAGACGAGAACCCUAACUUCUUGACCCUUGUUGGUGCGAAACUGCGAAUCUUGUUACGUUUUUCGCUUUCUUUCAAAAUGGCAAAAAGAAAAGGGAAGGAAUUGGAGAGCGCUGUGAAGAGAAGAAGCAAGAGCAUUGAAUCCAGCACCAACGUGGAUUUGAGGGAGGAAGCGUGUAAGCAAAUUGCUAGGUUUUUCUACAUCAAUGCCAUUCCCUUGAAUGUUGCAAAAAGUGAUCCUUUUCAGGGAAUGUGGAACUACAUUGCCCCUGGGUUCAAGCCACCCUCUUAUCAUGAUCUCAAAGGGAAGUAUUUGAAGCAACAAGUGGCUGAGAUCAAGGAAUCAAUGGAGGGGCAUAAAGCUACAUGGAAGAGAACAGGGUGCUCUAUCUUGAUUGAUGAUUGGACUAAUACCAAUGGGGUCACUAUUUGCAACUUCUAUGUUAACAGCCCCGAAGGUACUGUUUUUCUUAAAUCUGUUAAUGCAUCUGAAAUAUGCAAAACUGUUGAUGGCAUUUUAAAAAUGAUGGAUGACAUUGUGGAGGAAGUUGGUGAAGAAAAUGUUGUUCAAGUUGUUACUAGGAAUGAUUCUAACUAUAAAGCUGCUGGGAAAAUGUUGGUGGGGAAAAGGAAGAGACUUUUUUGGAUGCCUUGUGUUAUUGACAGCAUUAAUUUGAUGUUGGAGGAUUUUGUGAUGAAGUUGAGGAUCCAUGGAGACACAGUUGCAAAUGGGAGGAGAAUCACAUCUUACAUAUAUUCAAGGAGUGCUCUGAUUGGUUUGCUGCAUCACUUUACUAAGGGAAAGGAUUUGGUUAAACCAGGGGUGACUAAAUUUGCCACAUGUUAUCUAACUUUAAAGUGUCUCUAUGAGAACAAGGGAGCAUUGGUGAAUAUGUUCUCAUCCAAACAAUGGAAAUGCAGUUUCUUUGCUGGAACAACAUGUGGGAAACUGGCUAAAAGUGUUGUUAUGGAUGACAAAUUUUGGAAAAAUAUUCUGGUUUGCUUGAAAGGUGCUAAUCCUCUGAUCAAGGUGCUUCAAAUGGUGAGUUCAAAUUCAAACACAAAACCAGCCAUAGGUUUCAUUUAUGAUGAAAUGAAGCAAGCUAAAGAGAAGAUUCAACAAGCCUUUAAAUGUGUGAAGAAACGUUAUAUGCCUCUAUGGGCAAUCAUAGAUGGAAGAUGGGACAGAAACAUUCUUGGGCCUUUGCAUGCUACAGCUUAUUAUCUUAACCCGCAGUUUCAUUAUAGUACUAAUUUCAAAGAAGAUUUUGAUGUUAAACUUGGGCUGUACGGGAGUUUAUGCAAGAUGGUAGCAAAGCAAGACUGGUCUAAGGUUGAACCUAUGCUUGAAGAUUUCAAGCAUGCAAAAAACUAUUUUGGUCAUGAUUUAGCCAAGCGUGCAAUUAAAACCAAAAAUCCAGCUGAUUGGUGGGAUUCUUAUGGUUUUGAAUAUUCUGAGCUUCAACAUUUUGCUAUACGAGUGCUGAGUUUGACUACCUAUUGUUUUGGGUGUGAGGAUAACCGAAAAGCCUUCGAUAGAGUACACUUGAAGAAAAGAAAUCGUUUGAAACAAAAGACAUUGAAUGAUGUAAUGCUAGUGAUGUCUAAUUCAAAAUUAGCCGAAAGGCACCAAGCUGGAAAAGCCAUUGAAUAUAGCAUGGACGAUCUCUCUUCUGAUGAUGAGUGGAUUACAGAGAUUGAUGGAAGUUCAUUCGAUGAUGAAGAGUCAGAGUUGGAUGAAUUAUGCUUCUAUUUUCCAAAUGAAGAUGAUAAGCUUAAAGGUCAAGUUGGGGUAGAUGCGAACUGUGAUGGUGCUUAUAUAGAUGACCUACAUAUUCCUGAUGAUGAUGAAGCAGAUGUUAAUUUCGAAGACGGUGCAAGUAAUGCAACAGAUGAUGUCAUGGAUGGAGAUGAAAGCUACAUGGAAGAUGAGAGUUGUCAUGAUUUUGACGUCAAUGAAUUCCUGCUCUAGUCUUUGUUUCUGCUGUGUUCUGUCAAACUUCUCAAGUGUUUAGCAUUUUGAACUAUAACAUAUGUUAGAGGGCUAUGGUUUGCUCAAUCAUACAUUUUGGAUUGGAGUGUUAUUUAAAAUGGUAUUUAUAUGAUUCUGAAGUUA